UCCCCCUCCCUGCUCCCCUCUCCUCCCUCCCUUCGCUCUGUCUGGCUUCCCCCGCCUUUUCCUUCCCUGCUCUGUCUGGCAGCCCCCCGCUCCAUUCCGCACAUCGGCGCUUCUCGCGAGAACUGGGGGAUGCCGAUGCUGCUGCAGCCGCCGCCUUGGAGGGGGAGACACUCGGGGGGAGCCAGUGACGUCGGGAGUUUUCCUGAAAGUCAAUAACGAGCCUGGCGGCCGAAAAGGCGGCGGCGGCGGCGGCGGCGUCCCCAGCCGAGCCGAACGCUGACUCCCGGGCGGCUCUGGGUAAAUUGAGCCGGGAGCAGGAGCCUCCGCCCUGAUCCGUGGAUGCUAAGGCCGAGCUGCCCAGGCGGUCUUAUGUAGCCGCCGCCGCCCCUCCUACGUCUCCUCAGAGCGCCGCUGACCAGCACCGGGACCUUCGAGGCAGCGGUGACUGGUGAGGCAUACAGCGGCUGUCGAAGGACCGAACCCGGCGCGGGGGGCAAGGGAGGAGGGUGCGUGGCACCCCCGCCCGGAACCGCCUCCACACCAUUUCCCGCCAUUUCCACACCAAGGGCCAGCCUCAACCGCCCUCGUCCCUGCUUCAGGUUGAUUUAAGAUAGUGAAAAGUCAGAAGAGACGUGAAACUCUGACAUACUGCAAAUAAUAUUUCUCUGAAUUGAAGGCUCAGUGUGGAGCCAUCAUGAGUGAUGUUACAAUUGUGAAAGAAGGUUGGGUUCAGAAAAGGGCCAAAAAAGGCUUCCAGAUCAAUUUAAAAAAACUCCUUGACCUCAGGCUUACAACCUUAAAGGGCACUGCACAAAAGGAACUGGAUCAGGAGAGACAGGGAAAUAAGAAAACUCAGAUGCAAGUUCAAUUCAAGAGUUACAAUGCCCAGCUGGGAUGGAAGCUAUUCUGGGACAGUAGGAGCCAAAAACUGCUGGUCUCUCAGAGAAUAUAUAAAAAAUUGGAGGCCAAGAUAUUUCCUUUUGAAGACAGAUGGAUCUUUCAUAGGAUAUAAGGAAAAGCCCCAAGAUGUGGAUCUACCAUAUCCUCUUAACAACUUUUCAGUGGCAAAAUGCCAGCUAAUGAAAACAGAGAGACCAAAACCAAACACAUUUAUUAUCCGAUGUCUUCAAUGGACCACUGUGAUAGAAAGGACAUUUCACGUAGAUACACCAGAAGAACGGGAAGAAUGGACAGAAGCCAUCCAAGCAGUAGCAGACAGGCUUCAGAGGCAGGAAGAAGAAAGAAUGAACUGUAGUCCAACCUCGCAGAUUGAUAAUAUAGGAGAGGAGGAGAUGGACGCUUCCACAACCCAUCAUAAAAGAAAGACAAUGAAUGAUUUUGAUUACUUAAAACUACUUGGCAAAGGCACCUUUGGCAAAGUUAUUCUGGUUCGAGAGAAGGCAAGUGGAAAAUAUUAUGCUAUGAAGAUUUUGAAAAAGGAAGUUAUCAUUGCAAAGGAUGAAGUGGCUCACACACUUACAGAAAGCAGAGUAUUGAAAAACACUAGACACCCCUUUUUGACGUCUUUGAAAUAUUCAUUCCAGACAAAGGACCGUUUGUGUUUUGUGAUGGAAUACGUGAAUGGAGGAGAGCUGUUUUUCCAUUUGUCGAGAGAGCGGGUGUUCUCUGAGGAUCGCACACGCUUCUAUGGUGCAGAAAUUGUUUCUGCUUUGGACUAUCUGCAUUCUGGAAAGAUUGUGUAUCGUGAUCUCAAGUUGGAGAACCUAAUGUUGGAUAAGGAUGGACACAUAAAAAUUACAGAUUUUGGACUUUGCAAAGAAGGGAUCACAGAUGCAGCGACUAUGAAAACUUUCUGUGGCACCCCAGAGUACUUGGCUCCUGAGGUCAACUCCUGUGUACAUUUAAUUGAAGAAGCAUACAUCCUUAUUUUUCUUAUGCAGAUGUCUAAAUAUAGGACAUCAAAAAAGAGAAUCACAAAUUACAUGAUUGAAAGUAAUGGGAUGAGAAUUUUAGUUCCAAGGAAAGACUGGAGGAAUUUCAAGGAAUACAGCUUAAAGUAUCUGUACAUGAAGGUUUUGGAAGACAAUGACUAUGGUCGUGCAGUGGAUUGGUGGGGCCUUGGAGUUGUCAUGUAUGAAAUGAUGUGUGGCAGGUUGCCAUUUUACAACCAAGAUCAUGAAAAACUAUUUGAACUAAUACUAAUGGAAGAUAUAAAAUUUCCCCGAACACUGUCAUCUGAUGCAAAAUCACUACUUUCAGGUCUGCUGAUAAAAGAUCCAAAUAAACGUCUUGGUGGAGGACCAGAUGAUGCUAAAGAAAUUAUGCGACACAGUUUCUUUGCUGGAGUAAACUGGCAAGAUGUAUAUGAUAAAAAGGUGGUGUUGAAGUUCCAUGUGCUGGUUCCUCAUUUCUUGACAAGAGUUCUUCAGAAGCUGCUUAUUCCUCCUUUUAAACCUCAAGUGACAUCUGAGACAGACACCAGAUACUUUGAUGAAGAGUUUACUGCUCAGACUAUUACAAUAACACCACCUGAAAAAUAUGAUGAAGAUGGUAUGGACUGCAUGGACAAUGAAAGGCGACCACACUUCCCUCAGUUUUCCUAUUCUGCAAGCGGACGGGAAUAGCUUGUUGUUUUGUUCUGCUGCUUCACGAUCAUAUUAGAUUUAUCACUGAAAAUGAUUCCUGACAUCACCACCAGUAUUUGCUAUUAUUUAGGAUAGCAGAGCACUUUCAGAGAUCAUUCCAAAUUGAACAAGUUCCCUUCUUGACCAAUCAACCUCUUUGAUUUAUUUGCAUGACAUUUUAUAUUGGUCUAAGGUCCCCUGCUGUUACUGCUGUCCACUAACUCAGCAAGAAAGUAACAGUAAGAAGCUAUCCACAAAUGUUGUGGUGUUAGAUGACAAAUUCUCAGUGGUGCAUUUUGUGCACAGCUGGUUAUCAUUCUUUUGUCUUCUCAGAGCAGAGGCUAAAGAACAUGUUGAUCUGAGAUGCAUUCCUCACCUUCUAGAAGACAAAUCAAAUUCUAGUAAAUAUAUAUAUAUAUAUAUAUAUAUAUAUAAUGGUUUAUGAAUUCUCACAUCUCUUUGAGCUGGACAGAACAAGGAAAAGUAGACGGUGGUGUAUAUAUACAAAGCUUUUGGUAGGCAUAUCAUCACUUGAAUCAGACAUGUCGUUAACAUUUGGAUGAAAACAUUCAGGAAGACGACUUAUAACUGUUAAUAUAUAUAAAUAUAUAUAUAUAAAUAUAUAUAUAUUGUUUUUAAUUACUGUUGGAUUCUACACAAGAAGCAGAAAGGCUGGGAUCAUCUAGCCACCACUUCCAGAUUCAUGUGCAAUUAUGGAGAACUGAACUUUUAAAAUGCAAGAACUUAAGGCAUAAAAGCAGCAACUGAAGUUGUUUAAAGGUCUUAUGAUUUGCAUCUCUCUCAUGCUUUUCUUUUUCUUUGUUGAUAUACAUCACCUUUGGAGGCUGAAGAAUGUAGACAAGCAUAACAUCACUUUUCACCAAAAUUUGUACACAAAGGUAAACAGGAGUUUGCCUCACAUGUUUUCACUUUGAGUUUGUGAAUUAGCUUUUUUCUUCAGGUGUUUUAACGGAAUAUUUUUGUUACAUUUCAAUAGUAUUUAUUUUUAGUGACGAUUGUAUGUGUCAUGUUUGCAAAUGCUGCUAUAUCCUAGAAGAGGCUUACCAUUUAUUUUGUAAUGUAUGGAAGGACUGUACAAGCUGAACAAAAUAAUGCACUUUUUCCCAUGUGAAAAAUGUUAACAAGACUCUGAAAGUGUACCCUGUACUUUUUAUCAGGUUUCCACAGGAGAAACAUUUCAUUAUUGUCAAGAGAAAAUCCCAAAGCCAUGCAUCCAGGCGAGUGCACUCUCUACUCAAUAUAGUAUAGGACUCUGAUAGUCACUUGAACUUUUUAGCGAUGCUAAGUUUACAGCGAUUACAACAAAAACACUUUACUAUAAUGUUUCAAACAAUAUAAUAUAUUACAUUGGUGGGAACAGCCAUUCUAAAGUGGUGUUUGAUCACUGGCCCCAACAGAUAUAACAUUGUUAGUGAACUGAAUUAACGGAAUAUUUGAAUUCUUUAUUUUAUGAUUUUUAAAAAGUAAACAUGGUGAGGGAAGGCAAUCUCUUAUACAGCCUUUGGUUCUGGGAGUUGGGAUUUUCUGAAUGAGCCAGUAAAUGUAAUAACAGUGCAACAGUACUGACAUCACACAAUGCUACUUCAUGGGAUCAUUGAAAUACCUUGGAUUCAUUAUUUUUUCACCUGUAACAAACUGUGAUUUAGCUUAGUAUUACUGAUGCUGUGUAUGAAUGUGUACAAUACUUUUGAGAAGAAAAUAAUAUUUACAUGCAGAUGUUUUAGCCUCUUGAUGCUGAAAAUUUAGAUACCCUAGCAUAUAAACCACUGCAGGCAGUGGAACGUGCUGGGGCUAUCAAGAGGCAUGUAGGCAUCUUAUUAAGGCAGCUAAGACAAACACAUUUUCCAUAAGCAAAGCAGAUUUUAUUGUAUCUCUGCAUCAUAGUAGGUCAUGGUUAGUAGGUCACCUCUUGAGUGGAUGGAAUACAGAAUAAAACUACAUCUACACUUGGUGUUAGAGGUGGUGAUGCUGAAGUACUAAGGAGCAAUGAGAGUGAAUCAGUGGCUAGAAUUUUUAAGUUUAAGACCAGUGUCCUAUUAUACCAAAUGGGACCACAUGAUAAUAUUCAUUGUGGCCCCAAUCCUGAGUCUCUUAUAAACAGAAAACUCUCUGCUGGCCAGAUGGGCAGUGUGGUCAUUUGUGAAGCUCUACUUGCCCUUUAGUGUGGGGAAUUGGGGAGAAGAGCUUAGUAGCUUCAGCCUCCAAUCAGAUGAUCAGCCCUUUCAAAUGUUAACACCACCUGCUGUCUUUGUAUCAGAUAUGUACUAGCCGGAUUUAAUAAGGGGCACCACAUGCACAACCCCUCAUGUAAGAUGGGGUAUUUCCCCUCCCCAUGCAGUGCCCUUUAUUACAUAAGCAUGGGAUCUGCACAUGGAUCAAACUUGAUAGAUUGGGAAAAGUAUGCCUUUCCAUGGCUUAAAUAUUUCCUAACUAGGCUCAACUGCAGCUUAUAGCAGUGCUAUUUUUCUGGUUCCUAAUCCAUAGAAAAAUCCUUUUAGGUAUAAUAAAAAUAUCAAGCUGUUAUAUCUCAGUGCUAGAAUAAUAUUUAAAGAAGCCGACAGUGAUUUAUUUGAAAACCAUGCAAUAUGUCAAUCGGUGGGGAUCAUUCUAUGGAGUCCCAUUCUACACUUGGAAAAAUAUAAUAAAAUAAUCUGCAUUCUAAAUGGUUAAAACUCUCAUUUUAAUGAACUUUUAAAAAUUAAUGUAUUUGCCUUAACCAUACCUCAUUGAUUUCAGAAUUGCUAGCACUUUGGUCUGGGAACAUAACACAGUAAGCUUUCAUUCUCUGGGCUGGUAGAAAGAUAACAUAGGUGUUGUUUAAGACAGAAAAUUUCUAUGGUCUCACUCUCUGUGAUGUCAAAGGGUGGGAAGUUUGCCUUGUAUGGUUGCCCAGCCCCACCCCAGCACUUAGGUUUAUAUGUCUUUGAGCGUGGGGUAUUAAGAUUAAUGCAUAGUGACCCAUUUCUUUUCCCACUACUUGAAAAGCCUUUCUCUUAUAAUGUUACCAAAAUGGGGAAAAAAAUCUAGAGCCAACUGUGUUGAUUAAGAAAAUACUCAAAAAUAAAUGCUAAUACCUUUCCAGCUAGGGGUGACACGCUCAGCAAGCUUGAACACUCACUGGCCUAGUUGGAUGAGGAAUUGCAUGCAGAAAUAGGUACAAUGUAUAUGGUUUCCUAUACCAAUACAAAAGACAGAGAUUACCAUAGAAAUUUUCACUAUUUUCCUCAAAUCAAAUACAGUAGGGCCCCGCUUUACAGCGCUUCACUAAUGCGGCAGUCUCAAUUAGACACAGUUAAACUAAAGCCCCACUCAUACGGCGCUUGUUCCACUUUUAUGGCGGUUUUCGGGCAUUGCACCCCAUUCUAUUCAAUGAGUUCUGCUUUUCAGCAGGGGUCCGGAACGUAACCCGCCGUAUGAGUGGGGCCCUACUGUAUCACCUUUAUAUUUCUCUUUUAUGAAUUUGCCCGCAGAAUAACUAUGUUCCCAGACUAUAGAGGACAUAAGUUUUAACACUUCAAAUUCAAAAUUAAAGUUGUGUUCAGAAUAUCUUUGUCAGUUCAGGAAGGCUCCCAAAAUGUCAAAAAUACUUUAACUAUUUAAAAUUGUCACACAUCAACUCAUGUCAUUGUUACUGGGUUGUAUCCAACAUUGUAUGCGUGAAAGGCCCUCAUGAAUUGAGCUUUCCACCACUUCUCUUGGGGUGCAAAUGUACGGUUUUUCCUUACUAACUGCAGGGUCUCUCUGUUACACACUUUGCUGCUACUGUUCAUAUGGGCUGCCGUAGAAUUUCCUUAUCUUGCUCCCAGCAUUUGCCUCAGACUUCUGUCUUUAUGUUACAUUAAAUGAAAAAAUAUAUAUACUUGAGUUCAUGCCCAUACUUGGAAUGACCCUUUGGAGUUGAGAGUUAGGAAUCUCCAAUUCAUAUUCAUAGAAAUAUAGAAAUUAAUCAAAGCAGCAGCUGAAACAUACUCUUGACACUUCCCUUCUGCUUCCUCAUAGCUUCCUCUGAGUUUCGCUAGACCUUGACGGGAGUUUUAAAAAACAGUACAUUUCAGACUUGUUGAUUCCAGCUUGUACUGGCUUCCAAGACAUAAUGUGUGUCCUCUUGUACUGCAGCCGUCUUUGAGGAAAUAGGUCAUUUCUGUUUAUAUUUUGGCAGUUUUGCACACAACUUUGCUUUCCACACUAAUGAUUCUUCCAGCACAUUUCUGCUAACUACAGAGCAUCUAUUUCAGUAUUGUUUGAUACAUUUUCCAACUUUCUUUGUUUGAAGCUGGCAGUUCUUGCACAGGCCAUGCGCUUCUCCUAGAAAACAAAUGUAAGGUUUUUCCUUACUAACUGCAGGGUAUCUUUAUUACACCUCAGUGUACACACUUUGCUGCUACUGUUUGUACUGUCUACAGUAGAAUUUCCUUAUUUGGGUCCUGGUAUAAUGCAUCACAGGCAAGCAUGAAAUAAAUAACAAACUCUAAAGUGGUAAUUAAAUUACCUCCCUGUAGCUGUAGAGUUUCUGAAAUUUCUUGACCUUGCUAGUUCUUUCAUUAGACCCAUGACAGAUCUAGUUAUAUGGUUAAGGACUUGAAGCAGACACAACUACAAAUCUAAGGAACCGUAUUACUGUUGGUCAUACUUAAACUGUUUUAUUUCCUUAAGUGUAUGACCCACAAGGAUGUGAAACUACAACUGUUUUUGUACACUGUACAUCCUUAGUAUUUUUACACGUAUAUGAUAGGGAUGCACAUUAUUUUCCUUCGUACAGACAGCUUAAAUAAAGCACUAUGGCAAUCUGCGACUUAUGUAUUGUUGUUGCUUUUGUUUUGAGGUGCAAACAUGUAUAAAGGUUGCAACAAAGGAGUUUUUAGUUUUAUCUAUGACUUUUAGGAUAAAAGCAAUUUUAUUCUAUGAAAAUGGUAAAAAAUAAAGCAAUAUCUCUGCAAUUGCAAAUUACUGCAGAUAUCUUGAGUGCUAUGGUAUACUUGAGAAAAGUAUAGAUCAUAAUAUGCAGCCCAUCUAAA